GCGCGGUGACGUCACGCGCGUUCCUGAGCCAUGCGUAGAGAGGGCUCUCCGCCGUCGACUCCGCGGCGCUUGUUGUUAUGAGUGAAACAGGCCUCGGACUCAAGUAGAAAAGUUCUCCCGCCGCUGCCCCGGGAAAACCUGCUCAUGGAGGGCAUGGACGUCGAUCUGGACCAGGAGCUCAUGCAGAAGUUUAGUUGCAUGGGCACCACGGAUAAAGAUGUGCUGAUCUCGGAGUUCCAGAGGCUGCUGGGUUUCCAGCUGAACCCGGCCGGCUGCGCCUUCUUCCUGGACAUGACCAACUGGAAUCUUCAAGCAGCCAUUGGAGCCUAUUAUGACUUUGAGAGUCCAAACAUCAACACGCCAUCAAUGUCGUUUGUAGAAGAUGUGACAAUUGGUGAGGGCGAAUCAGUGCCCCCGGACACCCAGUUCACAAAAACAUGGCGGAUACAGAACACAGGAUCAGAGUCGUGGCCUCCGGGUGUCUGUCUGAAAUACAUUGGUGGAGACCAGUUUGGUCACGUGAAUAUGGUAAUGGUCAGGUCUCUGGAACCGCAGGAAAUCUCAGACGUCAGUGUCCAGAUGCACAGUCCGGCCAAUCCAGGCAUGUACCAGGGCCAGUGGAGAAUGUGUACAGCCACUGGACUUUUCUAUGGAGAUGUGAUCUGGGUGAUCCUGAGCGUAGAAGUCGGUGGUCUGCUCGGAGUCACACAACAGCUGUCCUCCUUCGAGACGGAGUUCAACACUCAGCCGCACCGCAACGUCGAGGGAGACUUCAACCCCUUCGCUUCACCGCAGAAGAACAAGCAAGACGCCAACGAAGAUAACCUAAAAGACACCAGAGGCCCCUGGGUGGCCUCGGACUCCAUACAGCAAGAUCAAAAUGGACUCUCUCACAAUUCUGUAAAUAUUACGCCAAAUGGUCUACAAAACAACUUAUCAGUAGUGACUUACAGCCAGGGUUGUCAUGGGCCCUACCCUUUUGGACAGUCUUAAAAGUAGAGAACCGUCACCACCAGGUUGCUCAGUGGAGCCAUCACUUUGGAAUCCCCCAUUUCUUCGGGGGGGUCGCGCAGGGGGAGCAACAGAUUUCUUAUAAAGACUUGGCAACCCUACUCUCCUCUUGCAUUACAACAUGACCUAAGAUAUGGACAAGGCUGUUUGGAUCUAAGUCGACACACAGCCAUCUUCAACACGCAUGUGUGAAUGCUAAAUUAAGAUGAGUGCUAGAAAUCCUCAAAGUCAAAUACACAGGUUUUUUUUUUGUUGUUGUUUUUAUUGUCACGUUGCUGCAAUAGUAAGGUGGGCUGGCGUGCGUGCGUGCGGGUGUGAGAGAGUCCGAGUGUGUAACAGACUGGUAUAGUAUGUGUGCUUGCAAGCUUGUGUGUGGACCAUGCACAAAAGAGAUGAAAAAAAAGCCAUUGAAAAAUAACUUUUGCUCGGUAAGAAGUUUUUAUAAUUUACUUUGUGAACUGUAUGAUUUUACUAAGAAAUCCUCACUUUUUACAAAAGUAGCGAUUCGUUCGGAAAAACUGCUCGAUAUCCGUCAUCAUUUUUCGCUGAGUUGUUCUAGGAUAAUCUCCACUUCUAAAAGUAAAAGAAAUCGCUUUCUGGAUCACUAUCCUAACGCACCAGUAGUGCUUGUUAAAGGCCAGAAGAUGGAACUGUUGAACCUCUGAGCUCAUAAACACACAGAUGUAUAAAACUGUAAAGCUCAAUAGGCCCCUACGUGUUUUUUUUUGUUUGUUUGUUUGUUUUUUUCCUCUCCGAUUAAGGAGUUUCUACAGCUCCCAGUUGCAUUGUUGGUCACGUGCGUGUUCAUUUUUCAUCGACGGCUUGAGCUCAUGCGGUGGUUUCAAAACCAAGCUGCUCACAAUCAUGGCAUAAAUAUUUAGCUCAAGCUGAAGAGUCUUCAGAAGCCAUUGUAAUGGAUUACUCAUUUUUUUUUCUUUCAGGUUCACAAAGAUUUUACAAAUUAAAUUGAUCUAAAUCACUCUUCACUUUUUUUUUUCUUUCUUCCUUUUUUCAUAACUGAUACUUAUUUACCCCCUUGUAUGAAUAUUUGCAGUUUAAGCUUCACCUAAAUCAUGUUUACACAUCAGGGUUAUGAAAGAACAUGACGUAUUCAGUAUGUCGGUGUACGCGUUACACACUAUUUAUAUAAUUUAAAAUGAAAUUGAUCCUUUGUAAGAAAUGAUUAACACUGAAUGUUUCAGAUUGUUCAUUUGAAUGCAAGGCAGUGAUGAAAUAAGCUGGAAUACAUAGUACUUUAGGUCGCCAUGUAAAACAAGCCAUCAGAAAACGUACGCAUCGCAAAUGACGCUUUGUGUCCACAAUCACGUCACGUCCCAGUAAAUAGUUUAUUGAAACGUUUUCUGCCGACGAACUACACUAAGGAACGUUUGGCCAAAUUUCUCUCUCUGCUAUGCAUCUGGUGACCGACGAAGGGAUUGUCAUUGACGACACACAUGCUUUGCGUUUUCUAUAUUGUUUGUUUUAGUUCAAAUCACUGAUUAUCUAUGCAGUGUUUGAAGGGGAUUAUCUGUGGUGGUGUUUUUUUUUUCUUUCCAUUUGGUAAACACAUGUUGAAAAUCAAUGCUAUAGAGCUAGCAGAGUUUCUCUUUCUUUGCCAUGGGGAAAAAAAAAAUUCCUUCAGUUUUCUCAAUUACAAAUGUUGUUUGUUGCCCACAGCUCAAGGACCGUGUCAUGUUUUCAUGAGUCAAGUCUUCCUUCGAGUUGUUUAGGCGAUUGUCCUCAUCCCAACUGCACAGAUCUUAUUAUUUCUCAUUGACUGUUGCUGUCUGGCUUACGAGUGUGAGAAGCUAUAUUCGAACUCUGUUGUGCUUCUUUUUUUUUUCUUUUUUUUCCUCUCCUCCUUUUUGUUUGCUGUUGAGUUUUUUUUGCACGGUGGCAUGGUGAAUGGAUGAGUCGAGUGUUUGCAUAGAGACCUAUGGUAGCACAUUUAACAAAAAGAGAAGAUACAGAAAUGAAACCUUUUUCCUGUAUGUGUAAAUGAACAUUUCUAUAAUUAAAUCAAUACUUAAGAAUUAA